AUGCACGUUGCUGGAUCACCGGCGAGGAGAUCGUCGAUGCGUGCUGUGAAGAGGGCGACCGAGAUGGAUAGGAAUAAGAGGAAGUCAGAAGUGCUGAUAGCUGCACAGUCGCUGGACGUCGAGGUACAGAAUGUUAAACACCUGAAACGACUGUCGAUAGGGUCAAUGGAUUUGCUCAUCGAUCCAGAGCUAGAGUUCAGGGUUAAUUCAACCCCGGAACUGGAUGAUACUGACGCUCGACAGCAGGAGAAGAUCAAGCAGAUUAAUAGAAGGUCAUGGUCAGCUGGGAAAUCGAUAGAGGCCCUCAGCCAAGAUUUUGCUCAACUGAGGGGCACACAGGAGAAUGAACCCUCGCCAGAUGCCUCUAUGGACACUUCAGGGGAGGACGAUGCAAGCAGUAUGGAGGUGACACACUCAGAAUACUUGAGCCACGAACCGGUGUUUGCAGAUCUACAGGGGAGAAACCCUCUGGUGAAAACUAUCUCAUCGUCGUCGUCGUCGUCUUCGUCACAUAGAGUAACGGAUACAAAGGACAGGAUCGAUGACGAGACGCACACGCAAAUCCCAGUGAGGGAUGUUUCCUCCACUUCGGCGUCAGCCAAUGGUAGGAAACUAAGUGGGGCAGGGUUUCUCAGGAGAGGCUCCAGUGCCGUGUCGCAAACGGCAAGGAAAUUGUCUGGAACGGCAGACUUGAAGAGCAAUUUGCUCUGGGUUCCCGCGAAUCAGCAUCCGAACGUGAAACCGGAGAACUAUCUCGAAUUGGUUCACGAUACAUUACAAACGAUAAAUGGCGAAGGCGAUGGCGACGGCGAUGGCCACACUAUCGAUACCAGUGCGGACACGGGCACAGCGGCGGACUCCGUGGACGAAAGCGAUAAAGAAAACAACAACACAAGACUUAGAGUACGGUAUAGGAAUGGGAAGGCAAGCUCGCUCGUUAGACGACCCUCGCGACUGCGGAGAUCGUACAUAGAAACAGAUGAGGAUGAAGACUCCAACACCAGUAAUGCAAAAAUUGAUGAUAUCGAGGAAGGGGGCAGGUCUCUCGAUGAACGCAAACCCACGAGGACCAAUGGAGAUCGAAAGUCCGUGUCAUUAAGAGAUAUCACAGAGGAACUUACGAAAAUGUCAAAUAGUGUGGGACUCACAGAUGACGACGCGGUCACAUUGGCGAGAACUCUCAAUAUGACCUGCACGUACACAGACACAGACAGCGAGGGACUUGACAACUUACGGACUGACUCGAAAGAACAAUUGAGGGCGGAAGAGAGCGAGAACCCGCCAGGUACCACCCACGCUAAGAUAUUACCAGAUGAAAAUCAGUUUGCAUCCAACAUGUUCAUGAAGAACGGCUUGUCCAUCCCGACGAGAUCGUCUCUAAGAAGAAGCAAGUUCAACACAUACAGAAUAAGAACCACCUCGGCACCGACUCCACUUGUCGAGAAACCGAAAAGGAAUAAUAGCCGGCAUGCACGUCUCUCGUUUGUCCAUUUAGACGACGAGGAGUUUGCCUCACAUGAAAGCCCUGCUGCAUUGCAAUCGCCGACUGUUAAUAACGACGAAGCGGGGGUCAUUGAAUCUCCAGGAUCCAUAAGUGAUCUGUACGACCAUUACACCGGUACUGCAAGUGAGCCAGGAUCUCCAGAUGUUUCAGAGGACAAAGAGUUGAAGGAAGACAUGUCAAGAGAGUAUUCAACGGAUGACAACGACUUCUCGACAAACACCUCGCACGACAGUAGUUUCCUGUCUAACGAGAGCUCUAAUGAUAGUGUUCUCUACAGACCUACAAAUAUCAAACCAAUGAUCUCAGAAAAUUUUGAUGCAGUUGAGCAAGAAGAUGAGGAAACUAUAAGCACGGCUGUGGCAGAGCCUACUAAAAAUGAUAAUAAUAAUAAUACAAACAGCAUGCCUUGGUCAUGGUUGGCUAAAGACGGAACUGAUAUCGAUGAUCAACCCAUGGACCUAAAGGGUGAAAUCGUACAAGAGGGUGAGGCCAACACGCAUACUAAUGAUUUUGUGAGCGUGAAUGCGGCACCCAGUAAGCAUCCUAUAGAUAGAGGAAACCAUUCUAAAAACCGCCAUAUGCCCAUAUUCACACUAAACUCUGCAUCUACAAACCAAGACGACACACCACAAAUGGAGCAAAAGGAGAAGAAAGAGCCGUACGUUUCGAAGAAGGAACCUUCUGCUGGGCCAAAGAAGAAAACAUUAGAGGAAAAAUUUGUCAAACUGUUUAAAAGAAAGCACCAUUCGGCGAAUGCGAAAUCUCCAGUGAAUAAAAACGAACAUAAAUUGCAGCAUCAGGAUGAACUGAAGAAGAAAAUAUCCAAAUUCAGAUCGAAAACUGCAAAGGCGCCAGUUUCCUCAACUCGGAACGUUCAACAAACAAGGGAGACCCGCUCGACAGAAAAUCGCAAUAGUGCAAAGAAAGAGCAAGAUGUGCCCAAGGAGGGUAAAUUAACCACGGAGGAAAAGUACAGAGACAGAUCGGAUGAGACACAAACUAUAGGUUUUUCCGAUGGCACGGUAACACUAGAAAAGGAUGAAUUGCCUGGUUUGCAACCUGCGGUUAGUGUAACGAGUGCAAAGAAUACAAGAGAUAACGGCGAUGUCGUGGAAACCGUAAGGGAGCUCGACGGAGACGAUUCCCAGGACAUCAGCGGUGGUGACAUCCAAUACCAGAUGCAACCCAUUGAUGAACCGGUGGAUGGCGAGGUGGCUACUGUGGAUGAUACCCAAACUGUGACAGCUGCUGCGGCAUCUGCAUUGCCUGCAGUGAUUUCUACAUUGCCACCACGGAAGCUGACGUAUGCAGAUGUGAAAAGACCAGAGAAACCCAAUGCACCCAUACAGUUCACGGACAGCGCCUUUGGGUUCCCACUACCGAUGCUCACUGUUUCGACAGUCAUCAUGUUCGACCAUCGCCUGGGCAUCAACGUCGAGAGAGCGAUCUACAGAUUGAGUCACUUGAAGCUGAGCGACUCCAAGCGGGAACUCAGGCAGCAGGUACUGCUCAGCAAUUUCAUGUAUGCGUACUUGAACCUGGUCAAUCACACGCUGUAUAUGGAACAGGUGUCGUCUACUGAGACUGCACCAAAGGACUCCGUCCCUGGCGGUAACGGUGUACAGAACGGUUCAUGCAAUAACGUGGACCAGAUGAGUUCCAAUUCUGCAUUUGCCACAAACCAGAACAAAUCCGACGGCACCAUCCUGAUCCCAGACAUCUCAUAG